AAAAACUCUCGCAACAAUGACAGCGAAGCGAAACAGUGUCAAAGAUGGAGCGUCAGAGACAGAAGGAAGAAGCGUGGUGGAGCUCUGACGCAAGGGAGGAACAACCGCAUUAUUCCAUGUAAGACAUGGCCAAGGAAGUGAAGUGACCAAUGGAAAAAGUUUUGCCUUUAUUACGUCCCCCGCUUCUUGAGAUCUCGUCUUACUCUUCUGUGUCUGUCCUCUGAACGUGCGGAAGCGAGGAGGAAGACCACUGAGUAGGGGUGUUAAGGACGAUGGCCAUCAGCUUGAUGCUGUUACUUCUGGAAUGAUCUCAAUCGGAUAUCUGAGAAGCGGCAAAAACCGCAACUUGGAGGGGGAGCUGGAGGGGGGAAUGUGGUUCUGAGCGCUACACUGCUGAGGCGCGCAACACCUCCCACCAGAUCUCAAGAGCGGAGAAAAGGAGGAGGAGCCAGAGGGGGCAAAAAUUAUUUACUAUUCGAUCGAGGGGCAGUGGUGUCAGGUUGUGCUUGUGUGUGGCCCUGUGUUUUUCCGAUUUGUUUACUGAUAUAGAGAGAAGGGGAGUGAGGUAGGCCAUUGAUCACCUUGUGUUGACUCCGGACUCCGUGGGCAUCUGCCGCCGCUCGGGGGGGCAGUGAAUCCUCUUUAUAUGACCGCUUCCUGCGCCCUUGUGCUGGGUCUAUCUGCAGGAGUUGGGAAUUUUUUUGCCUUUGUUUCUCUAGAUCGUAGAGACCACUCGAUUGCUCUUCAUUUGGAACAAAUAGUUGAGGCAUAGGGCAUAGUUUUUUCGCAGGCUGUUGUUUCAGCAUUAGGCCAUCUCUCAUGGGGAAAAAAAUAAUCCACUGGCCAUCCAUUUCGUGGAGCAUGCCUCACAUGGUGUGGAUUACCUGCGUAAUGGGAGAUUAAGGAUUGUGGAUUUGAAAUACUUCAGUGUUGUUGAAGAGGUCUUUUUUGCUUCCCCCGCCCCACUUUUUCCUUUUCUAUUUCUUGGCAAUAUGAAGUACAUGAAACUUGGAUCGAAGCCUGAUGCAUUCCAGGCUGAUGGCAACAACAUCAGGUUUGUUGCAUCCGAGCUGGCGGCUGACAUUGUUAUUAAUGUAGGAGAUGUGAAGUUUUAUUUGCACAAGUUCCCUCUUUUAUCCAAAAGCCUUCGCUUGCAAAAGUUGGUGGCAGCUACAAAUGAGGACAGUAACGAUGAAAUUGACAUUCCUGAUAUACCAGGAGGACCUGCUGCUUUAGAAGUUUGUGCUAAAUUUUGUUAUGGCAUGAUUGUCACCCUCAAUGCAUACAAUGUUGUUGCAGCUCGAUGUGCAGCUGAAUAUUUAGAAAUGCAUGAAACAGUUGAAAAAGGGAAUCUCAUCUACAAAAUUGAAGUCUUCUUGAGUUCCAGUAUUUUACGCUCAUGGAAGGACUCGAUCAUAGUCCUUCAAACCACAAAGUCUCUACUACCUUGGGCCGAGGAUCUAAAGGUGAUCAAUCAUUGCCUUGAUUCCAUUGCUUCCAAGGCGUCCAUGGAUCAUUCUGAAGUUGAUUGGUCCUACACCUACAAUAAGAAGAAACUUCCAUCUGAAAAUGGUCUCGAUCCCCAUUGGAAUGGUGUUAGGAAACAAAUGUCUGUGCCAAAAGAUUGGUGGGUUGAGGAUCUAUGUGAUUUAGAAAUGGAUUUAUAUAAGCGGGUUAUAGUCGCCAUCAAUACUAAGGGUAAAGUGUCGAAUGAUGUGAUUGGAGAAGCUCUAAAAGCAUAUGCAUACAGGAGGCUUCCAGGUUUUUCCAAAGGCUCUCUUAUGUUUGGAAAUGAUCCAACGAAAACAAGGACAAUACUGGAGAGUGUCAUUUGGUUAUUGCCAACUGAGCCAGGAUCAGUUUCAUGCAGUUUCCUGUUUAAGAUAUUAAGAGCUGCAAGCAUAUUGGAAUGUAGCGAAAUAUAUAGGAAAGAGUUAAUCAAGAGAAUUGGACAACAGUUGCAGGAAGCAUCUGUAGCUGACAUUUUGGUACCUGCUACAAUGGGAGAGGCCAUAUAUGAUGUUGACUUAGUUGUAAGUGUUGUUGAAGAGUUUGUAAUGCUGGACAGGGACACUGUUAGAAACAGCCCAGUCAGCUCUGAGGAACUGGUGGAGGUUAGGAGCCCCGUCUUUGUUCCAGCAAGUUCGAAAAUCGCUGUUGCGAAGUUGAUUGAUGAGUACCUUGCAGAAGUUGCUAAAGACCCAAACUUACCUCUUUCCAAGUUUGUUGAACUUGCUGACAUGGUGUCAGUUGCCUCAAGGCCAGUCCAUGAUGGACUUUAUCGUGCCAUCGACAUGUACCUGAAGGAACAUCCAAGCCUAACCAAGAGUGAAAAGAAGAAAAUAUGUGGUCUAAUGGACUGUAGAAAGUUGUCAACGGAUGCUUGCAUACAUGCCGUGCAGAACGAGCGUCUUCCUCUCCGUGUGGUGGUCCAAGUUCUCUUCUUCGAGCAGAUGAGAGCUUCUGCAGCAACCAGUGGAAGCGCACCUGAAGGCCCUAGCAAUGUCAAGGCAGUGUUCCUUCGAGAAAAUGGUGGCUCCUAUGGCAGCUCAAGAUCAGCCGUCACAACCAACACUGAGGAAGAUUGGGAUGGCGUUCUGACAACAGGAGAUCUCAAGUCCACGAGUUUGGCUGGCAGAGGUGGAGGUAGUCAGAGAAGUACAAGCGGUGGCAAUGUCAAUAAACAGAGUGACGACAAAUCCAAUGGCAAAGUUAAGGGAAUUCUGAUGCCGAAGAAAAUGCUCAGCAAGCUGUGGUCAGGCAAAGGUCAAGGUUGUGACAAUAGCAGCUCAGACAUGUCUGAGAGCCCGAGCCCAGAUUCCAUUAAUCAAGAAGACUGCAAGUCCACACAUUCAAGGAACACGAGACAUUCAGUCUCGUAGUGAAAUGAAAAACUGUCAAGUUAUUCUAAAUUUUUGAUGCACUGUAAUGCUUGAUGUUGAUUAGUAUCACGAGUGACUGAACAUCUUGGAAGCAAGAGGGAUCAAAUUUUGGUGGCUGGAUUUGACCAUAACUUAUUACUUGGGGCAUAUUGAAAAUUUAGUGUUCGUUGGGUGUUCUGAAUGGACCAUGAAUAGUUCUUGUUACGUAA